CCUCUUUCCCCAUUCAUCUCUGCACCAAAGAACUUUUUCCUCUCCCGCGAUCUUUCUCGCCACCUCUCCUCAAUCUUCUUCACAGCUCUCUCAUUCAAUGGUCUCUCAGAACAAAAAAGAUAUCCGCAUCGCCCUCUUUAUCUGUGGCACCCCAGUUCCUCCUGUGGCUGAGUCGUUUGGAGAAUACCCAGUUAUCUUCAAGAGCAUGCUUGAUCAGGGACUGCAGGAGCUCAAGAGCCAGGGUACAAUUGAUCAAGGCGCUGAAGUGGUCCUUGAAGGAUUUGAUGUCCGUGAAGACUUCUAUCCAGAGAACCUUUAUGACUGGGAUGCUAUCAUGAUGACUGGCAGCGCGUCUGAUGCCUAUAACGACCUGCCUUGGAUUAAAAAAUUGGUCGAGUACGUCCGAUCGAUCCCUCGAAGCAAUGAUGCACCCAAAGUAAUCGGUAUCUGCUUUGGCCACCAAAUUAUUGGACGAGCCUUCAAUGCCAAAGUCAGCAAGAGCACACGCGGUUGGGAGCUCGGCUGGACUCAAACAGACCUUACAGAAGCCGGUCAAGAGUUCUGGCAAGAUACGGUGAUGAGGAUCCAAGAACUCCAUCAAGACGUUGUUCAUGGUAUUCCACCAGGAUUCAAGUUGCUGGCAACUACUGAACAUACGACGAACCAGUCGAUGAUAUCGGACGAUAACAGGAUUGUCUCUGUCCAAGGUCACCCGGAGUUCACGGGCGCAAUAAUGAGAGAGGUUAUCAAAUUCAGAACCGCCAAUGGCACCUUUAGUAAGGAGUUGUCUGAGGCCUCCAUGAAAACCAUCGAUAACCCUCUGGACAGUGUUACCGUCGCAGCGCGCCUUAUUCAGUUCAUUCGCUAGAACAAUAUACGUACAUUAAUGUUUCUACGUAACACUUAAGUGGCGUACGCAAAAAGUCGAGACCGUAAACACAAAACUAUUGGUCACCCAGUAAAAUCCAUUUUUUCCUUCU